AUGAUGAAUUUAAUGUGGAAAAAGCCAGACGCCGAAGGCGGAGGCCGGUCCUGCCCGGCAGCCCCGGGGGUCACUUGCCCAGGCUGCGCAAUCGCCCAGUUUCGAGCCUUAUCUGCCCCAUGCCUGGAGAGCGGCGAGGUCUGGAAUGAAGCUGCCGGGUAUGCCUUCCUGUGGAGGAGGCUAAGCCUCAGUCGAUGGACUUUCUGCAACAUUUCCCAAGCGAGUAAAGGAGCACAGACAUGGAAACAGUACUACCUCCAUCGUUCUCAACUAGAACACCAGAUGGCCCGUGGAAGGCCCUCACAAGAUUUCACUUGCAAAGCCAUUUCAGGGCAUGAAGGGAAGAUAGUUGGAAUGGCUUACCUCUCAGCCAAGGAACACACAUUUGAUGGGCAAGAGAAGUCAGUGGUGUGCACCGUGUCAGAAGACUGUACUGUCCGUGCUUGGAGUGUGCAAGAGGGCACUGAGAUCUGGUCCAGCUCUGUUCAGCCAGCACCACUGAGGAGCCUCUUGACUAUCCCUGAGCAUCAGCUGGUUAUUACCGUGGAUGAGCAAGGGACUAUCAAGGUGUGGGAUGGACAAACUGGGAAGGAGCAGGCCACCUAUGUCACGCCCUCUACCUCAUGUAAUCUGGUGCUCUUUGGGGUGCCAGAUAGCCUCUUCUUGACAGUGGCUGUUACAGAAGGUAUGCUUUAUACCUUAACAGUUCCCUGCUUGGAGGAGGUCUCCCGAGUUACUGCAUUUCAAAAUUGUCCUAUGGAUUUGCUAAGCUGCUCACCUGACAAGAACUGGAUGUUAGCAGGCUCAACAAAAACUCCACAUGUUUUGGUAUUUCGUACAGAUUCCUUGACCAGCUCAUCUGAAGAUCAGCCCCUUUCUAAUUCCCUGCCUGUAGGGGAAUUUCAGAAUGCCAGCUGGGCACCCAAAGAGGCGGCCAGAUUAAUAGUGCUGCAUGAAGAUGGAAGAACCGGUGGUUUGUCUGUCACCACUUUUGAUAUGACAUCAAAACAAUCCAAGUAUAAAGUGGAAAUUCUGGCACAACAGGUUGCAAGUUUCAUAUUGCCAAAAUUCCUCAGAACUCCUAAUAUACUGGAAAGCCAUGGUACUGACAUCAUUCUUCUAGGAUGUGGAUCAGAGCUGACAAUCUUUUCCAUAACUGGCAAUUUUUUAGCAGCCUUUCAAGACCAUCACCAGACAAUCACAUCCAUUUGGGUGGACAGUUUCCGUGUCGUCACCUCCUCCCAGGACCUCUCUCUACGAGUAUACACAUGGAAAAGGGAAAAAAACACUGUUGUUCUGAAGAGCUGCUAUCAUUUACUAGGGGGAUCUCACAGGUGGUCCAGUGGAUUCACGGAUGUGGCAUGUGAUAAUAUGAGCAUUGUGGCUGUGGAGUCCAGAAAAUGUGGCAAGAGCAUUUUAAGGGCAUAUUUCUUCAAUCUUUAGCAUAUUUAAGAUGAUAGUGGUUAUAAAUAAUUUCAUCUCUUCAAUCUGCCUUUAGUAAGGAACAUUAAAAAUUAUAAAAAAUUUUGCCAGUAAUUGGAAGGCAAGUUAUGAUGACAUUCAUUGAACAAGUAUUUGCUUCCAAACUUUAUCCAAGGCUCUAUGAAAGAUACAAAGAUGCAUAAGAUUUAAAAAUUUUUUCACCCUGAUAGAGUACGUAAAGAAUUACAUAUUUAUGUCGUUAGUAGCUUGUAUACUUAAGCUUAUACCUAGGUGGCUGAAUCCUGUGAAAUUUUUUUUUCAUUUUAAUCUGAAUCAGUAAAAGUUGGACUACUUAAACGUAUGUAAUGUGAUAAAUACCUUCCAUUUUAAGGGCUAGAUCUAGUAUUGAGAUCCAUAUGCAAACAGGGUACUUGCUUCUUAACCAGGCAAUGGAUAUUUCAAUUACUGAAGGUUCUUUUUGUUAAGGGAAAGUACAACUCAUCAUUACCCAUUUCAAAAGAGUUUACUAUGCAUGCUAAUGUGACCAUUCCAACUGCCUCACUCCAGUACAUUUACCAAACACUUGACCCACAAAGUUGCCUAGGUAUUGUAAGUGAUGCAUUUCUGCUGCCAAGUUCUCUUUAAAGUGCCUGGGAAAGAAGCCUGUCUUCUGAUUUCUCCAUGCAAGUGUUUUCCUAAUCCCAUUUAUUAUGAAAGCAGCACAGGACUGGAAGAGUUUGAAUGUUAGUGAUGAUAUUUAGUAAGGUAGGCUUCUUCCUUUAGCUGAGAAAAACCUGAUGCUUUUUUUCCUUCUUUAGGUUGAAUUUAACUCUCAAAGCAGUAUGUCACUACUUGUUUUUUCCUAGAUAAUUCUUUUGCAUUUUGAAUAAAAUGACAUUAUUUCACUUGAUAGUAAGAUAUUUUGAAUGUAGUUUUUCUAGUAAGAGGCACUGGUUUACAUCGAUAUUUUUACAUAAUUUUACAAAGUUCCUCUUUUUUUAUUCAACCUUUUAAAAAUAUUACCUUUUUCCCAAUUGCAUGUAGAAAUAAUUUUUAACAUUAAAAA